GCACUAUUUCAGCCUUCUUUUCAACCACCAUGGCAGAAGAUUCCUACCAGACCCUCCUUUCGAUACUGCGCGAUCGAGAUGUGCCGCAUGAUCGAGAUGCUAUCAAAGCUGCAUUCAAUGACCCGGACAACCAGACCGCUAUUCAAACGUGGAUUCAAGAAUAUCUGACUCCUGAAACGCUCCUCACUAGAGAUGAAGCCGCUCUAUACGCUACCCUAUUGAAGAAUGGACAGGUUGAAGCUUUGGCAGCCCAAGACCUGUCUAUUGCUCAAGCAUUCACUCACCAGGAGAUCCAAAAUGCAAUCGAAGAGCUAAAAAGAUCGACGGCAGCUAUCGAAAAGCAAACCGAAGCGUUGCGAUUACAGCAGAAUGCUAUGGCUUCGCUGGUCAAGAACGAUAAAAGGACUAGCCAGACGCGUGCACAUACUGAGAAAGGCCAAGUCAGGAAAUGGGAAGUGGAGAAAGGUCAUAUCAAUGCUGCCAUUGAGGAAUUGUCGCAAAGCCUUAAGUACCAAAUUGUGGAUCUAGAACAACAAUCCAAGGCUACGGAUGCGGGUGUGAGGCAAACCGUGGAUAAUAUCCUCAAAUCGGACGACAAACUACUAUUAAGUUUACAAAAGCUGGCCAGUGACCUCGAUCCAGGGCAGUCCGGAGAUGAUGAUACUAUAGCGAGGAUAAGAGACUUGUGUGCAAGAUUGAUUAAGCACACAGUAGAAGGCAUACGAACGAGACUGGACCGAAUUUAUUUGGAUACUUUAAAAUCAUCGAAUACUUCAAACGGACACGAUUCGGACAACCAAGUCAAUGAUCUACAAGAAGAGCUCGAGUCUCUGUAUUCAGAAAUACUUCCUGUGGCUCAGAUGUCUGCAGAACAGCAAUAUCUGGAACCAGCUCUAAGAACUAUUGCCGCUACUAAUGGACAGGGACAAGAGCGGUCUGUGAAAGCAGUGAAAUAUAUAUGUGAGUGUCUCACAUUCCUCGUAAAUCGAAUCGAGACUCUCCUAGAACGCAUUGAGGAGAGUCAAUGCCAUAGAAUGGCAUUGCAAUUUGUAGUCGACUCCGCAAAGAAAGAGCUCGCACGCCCAGAGCCUUCUACAACCAAGCCUUCGAGCCCGACUAAACCAAACACCCAGAGAAGACGAAAAUCGUCAAGCUCUCAAACAUCCCCAAUCCGUGCCAGAACAACCCGACGCCGAUCAUCCGGGCACGAUGAGGACAUCGAGCCAGAACAGCAACUGGCCAGAAACUUGGGUAUCAUUCUCCCAGCUGAAGGAGUUUCUGAUACUGCCAGGGUUGAGGCCCUUGAGAAGAUGCUUUCUGAAAGGAUUACGAGGCUUGAGAGUCACGCUAACAGUCUGCAAUCGACGGCAGAGACAUCCAUUUCUUCGCAUUUGCUGGAUGCUCAGAUUACGCUGGGCUUGUUGCGGGAUUCUCUGUUGGCCGAGACACUUUAUGGGAAAGUUCGACUGAUUGAUCCCGAUGUUGAGUCAGACGUUUCGAAGUUCGAUCACGAGGUUCAGGACUUGCAGAGGAGUCUGGACGCCGUGGAACUACAUGCCUUGCAAGCUAAGAAUAUAAACCGGGAGCAGCUAGUAGAACGAUGGUCACGGUGAAAACUACCACGAUUCAAUAGCAAAAAUCGAAGAACGUCUAGAUAAACGACUGCCAGCCAUA